AUGGAAAUCGCUAUAACAGAUACUAUGGUGAAAAAAUUCAACACUGAUCCCGUAGUCUGGGAUGAUUUUAAUAAAACUUCAUUCAAUCCAUUGGUUCUGGUAAAACUGAUAGAUGAUUGGUUGAUGCAUCUAAAGUCACCAGUGCUUCGAAUGCAAGAUUUGCACAGUUUACAACAAAAUCCUUUAUUUCAAGAAGAUAUUUUAACUUCUUUAGAAAUUUUCGAAAAAAUCAACUUGAAUACUAUUCAAAAUGAGGUAAGAUUUGUAAAAUCAGAUUGUACAUUAAUUGAAAGUGUUGAUACAUUGUCGAAAUUUUUAUCUAUCAGUCAAUAG